AUGGAUCCGAUCACAGACGUGUUCGGAAGGAAAGUCGAUCCGACCAGGAACCAAUCCGCAAGUUUCGCCGGCGCCGACGCCUUCUGCGUGCCGAAAAGUGACGACGCCACCGUGCGAAGCGGCAGCCGCAUCACCCAGGGCAACCUGGAGCUGAGUGAAGGCGGGCUUGGCGCGCGAGAGCCUACGCCGGAGCGGCGGUCGGUCCCCGGCCAGGUGUUGCGUGGCGGACUUCGGCCAAAGGAUCACCUUACUGGCAGCGCCUGCGUGACUUCUGACCGGCAGGAUCACCCCCUGGCCUUGCCGCGCAAGGCCGGCAGCGCUGGGCCUGGCACCGGCUCUGGGGGCUCGGUCCACAUCAUUGCCGGGCCGACAGGCUUCGUGCCUGCAGGACAAGGCUACGACGUCGACUUGGAGGUGGCGGUUCCUGCUCCUGCGCCGAAGCCGGAGGCUUCUGGCUACAAGCCGGUGUGGGGAUGA